GGCGUCUGUCGCUCAGCGCUCCCCGUCUUCCGGGUUCGGCCCGGGCUGCGGGUCCCGCCGCCGCCGCCGCAGCAUGAGGCGGGUAACGCUGUUCGUUAACGGCAGUCCCCGGAACGGGAAGGUCGUGGCUGUGUAUGGGACUUUAUCCGAUCUGCUGUCGGUGGCGAGCAGUAAGCUUGGAAUAAAAGCAACCAGCGUUUACAAUGGGAAAGGUGGACUCAUUGAUGAUAUCGCUUUGAUUAGGGAUGAUGAUGUUCUGUUUGUCUGUGAAGGGGAACCAUUCAUUGAUCCUCAGACUGAUGGGAGACCUCAUGAAGAGCUGACAGGGUCGCACACAGACUGGUUAACGCUCAAUGUUGGAGGCCGAUACUUCACCACCACACGGAGCACUUUGGUUAAUAAAGAACCUGACAGUAUGUUGGCCCAUAUGUUUAAAGAUAAAGAUGCUUGGGGAAAUAAGCAAGAUCAUAGAGGAGCAUUCCUAAUUGACCGCAGUCCUGAGUAUUUUGAGCCAAUUUUGAACUAUUUGCGUCACGGACAGCUCAUUGUAAAUGAUGGCAUUAAUUUGCUAGGUGUUCUGGAAGAAGCCAGAUUUUUUGGUAUCGAUUCACUGAUCGAACACCUAGAAAUAGCUAUUAAGAAUUCACAGCCAGCAGAGGAUCAUUCUCCAAUAUCACGGAAGGAAUUUGUCCGGUUCCUCCUGGCAACACCAACCAAAUCCGAACUGCGAUGUCAGGGUCUCAAUUUCAGCGGAGCAGAUCUUUCACGUCUAGAUCUUCGAUAUAUAAACUUCAAGAUGGCAAACCUAAGCCGAUGCAACCUAGCGCACGCCAACCUCUGCUGUGCGAAUCUGGAAAGAGCUGACCUCUCUGGAUCUGUGCUUGAUUGUGCAAACCUUCAAGGGGUGAAGAUGCUGUGUUCCAAUGCAGAAGGAGCAUCACUAAAAGGUUGCAAUUUUGAAGAUCCGUCAGGCCUUAAAGCUAAUUUGGAAGGUGCAAACCUGAAAGGUGUUGACAUGGAAGGCAGCCAAAUGACGGGGAUUAAUCUCAGAGUUGCAACGCUGAAAAAUGCAAAACUAAAAAACUGUAAUCUUAGAGGAGCAACUUUGGCCGGAACCGAUUUGGAAAACUGUGAUCUAUCAGGUUGUGAUCUCCAAGAAGCCAAUUUGAGGGGAUCUAACGUAAAAGGAGCUAUCUUUGAAGAGAUGCUGACACCUCUGCACAUGUCUCAGAGCGUCAGAUAGAGAAGAGAAUAUACCGAAGAGGAUGGAAUCAAACCAUUUAUUGUGACUUUCUUCCCCUCCUCCCCUUAUUAAGUUAGAAGUAACGGUUAUUAGACAACGUACGUUUGCAGUAGUGCCUAAGUAAACUCUUCUUUCAUCACUUUUGGGGAGGGAGCUUUUGUUUACAAGAAACAAACACUGUUUCUACCUUUGUGAACAGAGCAAGGGAACGGGCUGUUUCUAGAACCAGUACGUGUGGCCGAUUUAGGGGGGGAGGGUUAAAUAGAUUCAUCGUUUAGCAUUGCCUCACUCUGGAAUGCAUUUUAAUUUAUAAAGCACAAUAUAUGCAAUUCUAUUUAUUAAAUCUGUAGCUGCAAUAUGAAUAGGAAAUGUUAUUCAUGUAUAGUAGCAACAAAGUUCAGGUUUACAGUCAGGCUGGUGUAUUUACUGUUAGUUUCUUCAUCCAUGCACCACGUAUUCAGCGAUGGAUGUGGUUUAGACAACGUCCAUAGGAUGUUUUCAGGUACUUUCUUCUUCUAAGGUGAAAGCAGGUGCUUAGCUGUCAUCAUAGGGAAUAUAUUGCCUUGUAGUGGUUUGAAUGCAGGUGUAGAACAGUUUUAUCGUCUUCUGAAACGAGCAGUGGAAGCUGCUCCCACUGCAGGGAUCUGCCUACGCAGCGGAUUCACUUAUAACUAAACCUUCCCUCUUCAGAAGUUGGAUGUUUUAUUUAAUCUUUUCCAAAGUAGUGUGAAAUUGCACUAUCAAUCACAGCUGGUAAGAGAAAUUCUUCUGCUUUCGAAUAUCCUAACCCCUCCAAACUGGAAUACUUGUCGUUUUUUCUCAUUGUUUGGGGGAAAUUAAAUGUACAUAGGAAAAUACAAUACUGUCACCAAAGGAGAGAUAAGCACUGGGGCCAGGGCAGGUGCUCCCUCCUCCUUUCUUCCCAGGCUGGAUGAGGCUUGGAGCAGCCUGAUCCAGUGGAAGGUGACCUUGCCGUGGCAGGGGGUUGGAAUUGGAUGAUAGGUUCCUUCCAACCUAAAC